GCGCAUGAAUACCCGGUCCUCUUCUACUCGAUUUGCUUAGGCUCUCUGGGCCCGAUCAUGGUCCUCACCGUGCCUCCCAUACGACGCAGCCUAGGCUGGACGCCCGCGCCGCCCAUUCCGACUUCCUACCCUCUGCCGGACAGACCGCGUCGGCCGGUAACGGGAUACGACGACUAG